AUCGAAUCGUCCCUUCUCUUUACAAAAAUCCCGCUUACUAUCACCUUUUACUAUAAAAGAUACCCGAAGCCAGGAAGUAACAUUAGUUUCUACGUCAACCAGUGUCGGACUGUUGUUUUUUUUCUAAGUAUCUAAGCAGUUACAUAAUGCUCAGGUUUGUGGUCGCGUGUGGCGCGCUUGUAGCCCUCGGUAGUUGCAGGCCCGGCAUUGUUUCUACAUCCUUCGACCAUGUGGACAACAGUGGGGACCACGGUCUGAGUUUGGCGAGCAUAAGCUUCGGGGGUGCGAGCCAUGGGCUCGGCGUCAGCAGCCUGGGCAGUGGAGGACACUCGCUGGAAAGUUUCGGCGGCGGUGGCGACGGUGGCUACGGGGGCGGUCACGAGGGAGGCGGCGGCGGCGGUUCCGGCGGCGGCGAUUUCCACCACGGCGUUAGCAUCGUUGGUGGAGGCGGCGGCGGCGGCAAACCACAGACCAUCGAUUUGACCAAUCAAGGGGACCAUCAUCAUGGCGCAUUCGGGGGCAGUUUCGUAGCGUCUAGCAAGUACAGCGGUCACGGGGGCGGCGGAGACGGCGGUCACGAAGGCUACGGCGUGUCGGAAGGCGGCGGUUUCGAAGGUCACUACAGUGACGUCUUGGGAGCCGGCGACGACCACUCCGGGGGUGGUUACGAGCACCUCUCCUCCGGCUCUUUCGGCCAUUAGUUACUUAAAUAUUCAUGACGCACUGUAUAUUACUUAAACUCGACUGCCUUUGUAAAUAUUUUUCCGUUUUUGUUUUCGUUGAUUAUUUUUAUACUGUUGGCUGAUUUUU